GUCAUUACAUGAUAAUACAAAUGAAUGGCGUGGUCGUAUUAUAACACAUGAUACCUAUUCAUCACCACAUCAAUAUUCACGUUAUCAUCGAUUUGAAAAUAAUGAUUUAGAAAAUGAAAUCGAAUUCAUUGGUUCAUCAUCAUCAUCAUCUGAAUCAAAUCGACGAUCACCCGGUAAUACAACAACAAAAAAAGAACAUGUUCAAGGAUUAUAUCCAAACAUUAUAAAUUUAGCUGUUGAUGCUAUUAUUUCGGUGAAUGCAACUUGUGGUGAAACUGGUCCAGAAUAUUAUUGUCUUUUAGUUUCACAUAACAUAAAUAGUACCGAUUGUAAUGUUUGUGAUGCAUCAAAUCCAGAUUAUUCAAAACGACAUCCGAUUAAAAAUGCAAUCGAUGGUACGGAAAAUUGGUGGCAAAGUCCAAGUUUAAAAAAUGGAAAACGUUAUGAAUGGAUUACCAUAAACAUUAAUUUAAGACAAGUUUAUGAAAUUGCCUAUGUAAUCAUAAAAUCGGCUAUUUCUCCAUUACCAUCAAAUUGGAUUUUAGAACGAUCAAUCGAUGGAAUUAAUUAUUAUCCAUGGCAAUAUUUUGCACAAACUGAUACUGAAUGUUGGGAACGAUAUCGUGUUCGACCAUCGAUUGGAAAAUUACGUUAUCGUACGGAUGAUGAAGUUAUUUGUACAUCAAUGUAUUCGAAAAAUAAUGUCAUCGCACAUGAAGAGAUUGAUAUUUCAUUGAUUAAUGGAAGACCUGGAGUUGAAACACCGGAUGGAAUCAGUCCAACAUUAAGAGAAUUUAUCAAAGCACAACAUAUUCGUAUUCGAAUGCAAAAAAUUCGUACAUUGAAAGGAAAUUAUUUCUAUGAUCCUAAUGAUAUUGAUAAAAGUGAUAGCACAUUAACUAAUCGACUUUUCUAUUCGAUCAAAGACAUAUCGAUUGGUGGUAUGUGUAGUUGUAAUGGACAUGCUAAAGAAUGUCAAGCACCUGAUAUACCAAAUGCAGUAGCCAUACCAAAUAGAGGAUUAACAAUACAUCCAUUACCUAAAUGUAAUUGUCAACAUAAUACAUGUGGCCGAUCAUGUGAAACAUGUUGUCCAAUGUUUAAUCAGAAAAAAUGGCGUCCAGGCACGAAACGUGAUGGUUUUCCUUGUGAAGAAUGUCAAUGCCAUGGACAUGCUGAUGAAUGUUAUUAUGAUCAAACUGUUGCUGAUAAAAAAUUAAGUAUCAACAAAGAAGGUAACUAUGAAGGUGGAGGUGUUUGUGUUCGUUGUAAACAUCAUACGACCGGUAUUAAUUGUGAACAAUGUGAAGAUGGAUAUUAUCGACCCGAAGAUAUUGAAAUCGAAAAUGAACGACCAUGUCAACGAUGUCAAUGUAAUGGACCGGGAAUGAACAAACUUUGUGUUAAAGAUGAUAGUCAUCAGAUUGAAGGUCGACAUCCGGGCGAUUGUCUUUGCCGCGAAGGUUUCGAAGGUCCACGUUGCGAUCGUUGUGCACAAGGUUAUCGAAAUUAUCCUCGAUGUGAACAAUGUACUUGUGUCAAUGCUGGUAUUAUAAACUCUAAAGUUUGUGAUGGAAAUUGUAUAUGCAAACCGAAUGUUAUUGGCCACAGAUGUAACAAAUGUAAAGAAGGAUAUUAUAAUCUGGCUGCUGAUAAUCCUGAUGGUUGUUCGCAAUGUUAUUGUUUUGGAGCAACGAACGUAUGUAAACCAAGUGAUUGGGGUAUCGAAGUGAUUAAAAGUACAGAACGAUGGCGUGUUACCGAUGUUCCCGGGUCGUUUAAAUUGGAACCUGUUGUUGAAGAUGGCCAUUAUGAAAUUGCUGAUGAUUAUAUUCCUGAUCGAGCACAAAAUCUUUAUUUUUGGGAAGCACCAUCCGAAUAUCUUGGUCAAAAUCUAUACACAUAUGGUAAUGCAUUGAAAUACAUUGUCAGAUAUGUAAUUGUACGUGGUGAUACUUCGGGUGUUUAUACCGACGAACCUGAUGUUAUUCUUGAAGGUGGACCAGAUAGUUCUCGUUAUGGUUUUCGUUGGCAAAAACGACCAGAAGAUUCAGAUGAAGAUGAAUUCAAUUCAACUAUUAUAUUACCAUUACGUGAACAGAAUUGGUUUCGUGUUGAUGAUAAUGGGCGAGAAAUACCAGAUUCACAACCAUCACGUCAAGAUUUUGCACUUCUUUUGAAUGAUUUGAAACGUUUAUUAAUACGAGCUAAAUAUCAUACUGAUCAAGUAUCUGGUGGACUUUAUCAAACUGAUCUGGAAAAAGCAUCCAAUUCAUCGGCCAGUAUUAAGAAAGCUGUUGGUACGGAACAAUGUGAUUGUCCACCAGGAUAUGCUGGUCUUUCAUGUGAAUAUUGUGAACCUGGAUAUCGACGUGUUAACAAUGUAUUAGUGAAUGGAGUAUGCGAAAAAUGUAACUGUAACAAUCAUGCUGAAUCAUGUGAUCCAUAUACAGGUGUAUGUUCAGAAUGUCUUCAUAAUACGACCGGACCAACUUGUGGUGAAUGUAAACCAGGAUUUUAUGGUGAUGCUACUCGCGGUCGUGAAGAUGAUUGCAAACCAUGUGCUUGUCCAUUAUUAAUUCCAUCGAAUAAUUUUUCACCAACAUGUCGACUAGAAUCAUCAGCCAAAUAUGGUUAUAUUUGUUUAGAAUGUCCAGAAGGUUAUACUGGUGAAAGAUGUGAAAUUUGUGCAAAUGGUUAUUUUGGUAAUCCAUUGAUUCCGGGUGGAUUCUGUGCUCCAUGUGAUUGUGGUCCAAAUGCUAAUACUACUGUUGAAGGAUAUUGUGAUCGUUUAACUGGUCAAUGUAAAUAUUGUUUGGAAAAUUUUGGCGGUUGGAAAUGUGAUGAAUGUUUACCUGAUCAUUGGGGUAAUGCUGCUAUCGGUGAUUGUAAAGCAUGUAAUUGUGACAUACAAGGAUCUGUUAGUACACAAUGUAAUCCUACAACUGGACAAUGUGAAUGUAAACCUAAUUAUACUGGAGUUCGUUGUGAUCAUUGUGCACCUGGUUAUGGUAACAUUGAAUUAGGAUGUAUUUCAUGUAAUUGUAAUAUGACCGGAUCGAUGGAUCAAUUUUGUGAUGAAGUAACUGGACAAUGUCAUUGUAAACAAGGUGUAUUUGGACAACAUUGUGACAAAUGUUUGGAAGGUCAUUUUGGUUUUUCCAAUAAUGGCUGUGAAUGGUGUAAUUGUAAUAAACUUGGAUCAGAAGGACCAGAUUGUGAUGAAUUUACAGGCCAAUGUAUUUGUAAACCAUUUGUCAUUGGACGAGAUUGUAGCCGUUGUGAACCUGGAUUUUGGAAUUUAGUAUCAAAUAAAGGAUGUGAACCAUGCAAUUGUAACAUAACCGGUUCAUAUAGCAAUGUUUGUAAUGAAAUGACUGGUCAAUGUGAAUGUAAACCUGGUGUUGGUGGUCUACAUUGUGAUCAAUGUUUACCUGGUUAUUAUGGAUUUGGACCUAAUGGUUGUGCAGCUUGUGAACCAUGUACAGCACCUGGUCAUAUUUGUGAUUCUAAAACUGGAAAAUGUGUUUGUCCACCAAAUACUGCCGGUCCAACUUGUAAUGAUUGUGCUCCAGGAACUUGGGGUUUUGAUGUUCUUGCCGGUUGUCAAACUUGUGAUUGUAAUCUUCAAGGAUCAGUAAAUAAUGAAUGUAAUCACAAAACCGGUGAAUGUGUAUGUUUGGAUGGUUUUGAAGGAAUGCAUUGUGAAAAAUGUAAAUUUGGCUAUUAUCGUUUUCCGAAUUGUCGCCGUUGUGAUUGUCAUGAACCAGGAACAGAUCCAUCAUCUUGUCGUGAAGAUGGAUUAUGUCAAUGUGAUGAAAGUGGACAAUGUCCUUGUAAACAAAAUGUAGCAGGCAGAAGAUGUGAUGUAUGUAAGGAAGGUACAUUUGGUUUGGCUGCUGAUAAUCCAUUAGGAUGUUUUCAAUGUUUUUGUUUUGGAAAAUCUGGCCAAUGUGAUCAAUCCAGAAUGGUUUGGACUGAACAUAAUUAUCCACAACGUGAAGCAUAUUUUGUUAUUGGUUCGACAGAAAUUCGUUCAGUACUUGGUUUUAAAGUUAUACCACCAGAUACAUCAUCGGUUGGUGUGAAAAAUUUUGGCGAACUACAACAAUCAUUUUAUUGGUCAAUGCCAACGGAAAUGUUAAAUGAUCAAGUGGCUACCUAUAAUGGUCUUAUACGAUUCCGAACCUAUGGUAGAGGUGGUGGAAAAUUGAAUGAAGUUUUACGAAAACGUUUUCCAUUAGUAGUAUUGCAAGGUAAUCAUCGAAUCAUUCUUUAUCAUUAUGGACCUGAACAAUUAUCACCAACUGGUUUAUAUCGUGUUCGAUUACAUGAAACUGAAUGGACAUUGGCCGAUAAUCCGGAAUAUCCUGUUACACGUGAUGUUCUUAUGGUUGCUUUGCAAAAAGUUCAACAUAUUUUAAUUCGUGCCAGUGAUUUGAUCGAAGCAAAUUUUGUACGUAUUAGUGAUGUUUCGGUUGAUGUUGCUACACUUGGAGGAUUUUCUUCAAAAUUAGCUGCAGGUAUUGAACAAUGUCAAUGUCCACCGCAAUAUGCUGAAGCAUCUUGUCAAGAUCCAAAUAUUGGCUAUUGUCGUAAACGUAAACAAAAUUAUCUGGAUUCGAAAGAUAUUCUUGAUUUGGUUGGUUGGGCUGAACCAUGUAAUUGUCAUAAUUAUAGUAGAAUUUGUGAUAAAGAAACUUGUGAAUGUUUAAAUUGUGAAGCAUUUACAGGUGGACCUUAUUGUAAUCAAUGUAUUCGUGGUUAUUAUGGUGAUCCAACACGAGCUAUUCCAUGUCGUAAAUGUGCCUGUCCAACAUUAGUUAAUUCUUUCAGUGAAACUUGUGAAUUAUUACCGGGUUCGAAUUCUGAAUAUGUUUGUACUGAUUGUCAAGUUGGCUAUACUGGAAGACAUUGUGAACAAUGUGCUGAUGGUUAUUGGGGUGAUCCAAUGGCACCGGAUGGUAAAUGUGUACCAUGUAAUUGUUCACCAAUCGGAUCAUUAAGUAACAUUUGCGAUAAACGAACUGGACAAUGUCCUUGUAAAGAAGGCAUAACCGGACAUGAUUGUGGUAAUUGUCCACCAAGACAUGUUGUUACUGAUACUGGAUGUCUUAAUUGUGAUGAUGAUUGUACAGGAACAUUAUUGGAUGAUAUCGAAUUUUUGCAAUCAAUCCUGCAGGAAGCUAAUCUGACAGAUGUUGAAAAUCUACCUUGGACUCGUUUGAUGUAUUUGACUAAAAAAUUUAACAUUACAAAUUCUCGAAUGAAUCAAUUCAAAGAACGAGUAAUGAAUGGUAAAAAAAUGGUUCGAGAUUUUACUGUUGAUUUUGAUCUAGAAACUUUAGCCAAUUUGCUCAACCUGGAAGCAAAAGAUCUUUCACGUAAAGCUCCUUAUGAAGCUGAAAAGGCACGAGAUACUGUAAACAGAGCACAAGAUAUGAAAGAUAGAAUUAGUGAUCUUUGGGAAAAGAUACAAAAUAUUAUCAAUCAAUUGAAACAUCAUUUGGUAGAUUCUACUGAUCCAUAUGGAACGGCAGCUGAUCGAAUGUAUGAAGAAGCUGUAAGAAUUUUACAAGAAUUACGUAUGACAGAUUUUUCACCAGAUAAUCGAAAAGGUGAUAUUGAAUUAAAAAAAGCUCAAUAUUUACUUGAACGUGUACUAUUGUUGUUGACUGAACGUGGUGAUACACGACCAAUGCAAGAUCGUAUUAGUAAAUUAUUACGAUUACUUAAUGAAAUUUAUGAAAUGAUCAAUCGAAAAGUUUAUCCCGAAACAAGAGAAGCACAACGUAUUGUUAAUUCAAUACGGCCUUUGUUACAGGCUAUUUUCGAUGCUCGAGAUAAUGCCGUACAGAAUGGUGAAGCUGCACAUAUUGCAUUGAAUGAAGCUAGAGAAUUAUUAGAUCUAAUACAUCGUGAAUUGUUUGAUACAAAAAUCAAAUUCAAUGAUUUAGCCGAUCUGAUUGGACAAAUGAAUGAAUUAACUGAUGAAAUUGAAAAACGAAGAAGUAUUCUGGCUAGAUUGAAUCCAGAAUAUGAAGAAAAAUAUGUAAAACCAUGUGAAGAUCAUGCAGCUGAAUUGAUGCGUCGUGUAAAUGAAUUAGGUCGAUUGUUUAAUCAGACUAGAAAUGUUGCUGGAUCACCGUUACAAGCUGCGAAUGUUUAUGAAAAUAUUGUUAAAGCUUUGACUGAAGCUGAAGAAGCCGUAGCUAAUGCUAGAGCAGCGGCUGAAAAAGCUUUUUAUGAAGCCAAUCCAGAUGAUGAUGAUUCUUUAUUACAAAAAGCUAUUGAAGCACGAAAACGAAGUGAAGAAUUGCUUAAAGAAGCUGAUGAUCUUAAUAAACGUCUUCGUGAUUUGCAAUAUGAAAUUGCACAAAAACAACGAAUGUUGGUUGAAAUCGAAGCCAUGAUUGAUGCUGCCAGACAGGAUUUAGAUUGGAUUAAUAAAAGUCUUGAUCAAUUACCACGUGGACUUGGUAAUGAAGUUCGAUUAAUUAAUGAUCGUCUACAAUCAUUAUUGGAUAAUUUGGCCAAUAGUCAUAAACGAUUAGAUGAAAUGAUGAUACGAAUCUUUACACUUGAACAAGAUUUAGAAAAAUUAAGUUCAGGACCAAAAGCAGAUUUGGAUGAUAUAAAACGUGAUAUUACUCAAUCAUUGAAUCUAUUGAAACGUUUGAAAGAAGAAAUUGUUAAAAUUGAAUCCAAAGGACCUGGUCUUCAACGACAUCAACAACAAUUUGAUUUGAAUUUGGAUGAAUUAAAAGCUAAGAUAAAAUUAGCUAGACAAAAAGCUGCCAGUAUACGUGUAUCAUUGGGUGCCGAUCGUGAAGGUGUCUGUAUUCGUACAUAUGAACCGGAUAUUGAACCAUCAUUUACAAAUAAUAUUGUCAUGUAUUAUGCUAUUAAACAUGAACAUAUACGUGAUAGUUUACUUUUGUAUCUUGGUGCACGUGAAAGUCAAGGAUAUAAUAAUGAUUUUAUGUCAAUAGAAAUGGUUAAUCGACAGAUACGAUUUAUAUGGAGUACUGGAAACAAUGAACGAAUGAUAACACAUCCAUUGAAUAUACUUACUAAUGAUGCAUCGUUAAGUAAAGAUUCACAUUGGUAUAAGAUAGAAGUAAAAAGAUAUGGAUCUACUGCAAAUCUUUCUGUUCUUUCUGUACCGGGUGCAAGAUUCCAGGAUCCAUUGGAAAUGAGUGUUUCAUCAAAUUCAGAAUCGAAACAAAUGAAUCUAGAUCGAAAUUCAUAUUUUUACAUUGGUGGUUUACCAACGGAAAUUCCACAGAUUCCAAGACAAUUACAAUCACGAUCAUUUGGUGGAUGUCUGUUCGAAGUAUAUCUUGAUGGUAAACGUGUUGGUUUAUGGAAUUUUACCAGUAAUAUUGGUUGUGAUGGCUGUAUGGAAGGUGCAACCGAACCGAUUGAUCCAAACAUGUAUACCUUUUUCGAUGAAUUUGCUUAUGGCAAGACUAGACAAAUAUCUAAUUAUAAUAGAGAUCGAUAUCUUGUUUCAAUGCAUUUCCGUACAUUUGAUGAAAAUGCUUUGCUAUUUUUUACAUCUAAUCCUCGAACUCGUGAUUAUGUUGCAAUCUAUUUGAAAGAUGGACAUGUUCAUUAUGAAUGUCAUUUUGGUUCUGGUAUUGGACGACCAGGUUUAUUACAAUCAAUUGUGACUGAUGAAAAACUUAAUACUGGAAAAUGGGUUAAUCUAAGAGCCGAACGAGAAAGAGAUGAAGCUGUAUUGGAAUUUGUAAUGGAUUCUCAAAAGAAAAAUUAUGAAAAAACAUUACAAUCAAGUGGAAGAUCAACUGAUUUAGAUCUAGCUGGAUCAGAUGUUUAUUUUGGUGGUGUUACGCCAAAUUUUACAUUGAUAAGCGAUUUAGAAUAUCCAAAUGUUGUAUUCCGAUCAUUUGUUGGCUGUAUGAAUUCACCACAAAUCGAAGCCGUGCCUAUCAAUUUCCAACGUAUACAAUCAUUCGGUAUUGAACCUGGUUGUAUGGAAAAACCGAUUCGAAUGGCAAGUUUCUUCGGUGAAGGAUAUCUUGAAUUGGAUGGUCAACCAUUAACCGAUCAUGCGGAAUUUAGUUUUACAUUCAAAACACCUAGACCGCAUGGUGUUCUAUUAUUAUCAACAUUCGAAGGAUUACCACGAAGUUAUGAAAGAAAAGAUGAUCAUUAUUACUUUUUCUACAUUUAUAAUGGAACUCUUGAAGUACGAUUAAAUGGUGGUGGUGGUGUAAGCAGUUACCGAUUUGAUAAUAUGAAUGUUUCCGAUGGUAAAUAUCAUACGGUCACUUGUAUUAAAGAUAUGAGAAGAUUCCGUAUUCUGAUUGAUGAUGAACAUGAAAGCACACAGUUACGUUUAGCUAAAUCACGAGUGAUUGAAGCACCAAAGAAAGGUGGUCUUUUUAUUGGUGGUACUCCACCUGGAUUCACUGUCAUCAAUAAAGGUUAUUCAUCCAAUUUUUACGGUGUUAUACGAGAUAUUGUGUUCAAUUCGAAAUUGAUCUCGUUCAAUAAUCCUGCCAGUUUUAGAGGUGUUGGUAUUGGUCAUGAAGGUAGUUUUGAAAUUAUACAUCCAACACCUUUGGAAUCAUACAACGAUGACCUGCAACAAUCUACCUGGCGAACUUCUAACCGUAUUCGAGCUCCAAUGUUUUAAAACGAAAAUGAAAGAUUUUCUGAAAAAAAAUCGAGCA